GAGAGAUUCCCACUUGCGCGCUGUGCUCUCGAGCCCUCACACUCUCCUCCCAAUCCUCAGCCCCCUCUCAACCCUCGCUCCAAAUCCUCUUUGAUUCUCGUUAAUGCGCUUCUAAUCACGCCAUGUUCAAUCUAAGGGGUCUUUGGAGACGCCAUAGGAGGAAAGUUUUUGUAGCUGUUGGUGUGUUUGGAGGUAGCUAUGCGCUUUACAAGCUCUAUCAAGCUCACAGCGCUAGGGUUCUUUAUUUGGAGGAUGAGCGCCGUGUUGACGAGCUCAUCAAGACCCAAUUGCAGCAGCAUUUUGAGAGUAUUCAGAGAAUUUCGGAUACGACGACGUUGCCAUAUGCUAUGCAUUACUUGAGGUCUCGGAUGUUGGAGGAGCUUGAUCUUUCGGCUAUUACUGAUAGGUUGAUGCAGGGGAAGGAGCAGCCUAGUAGUUUGACUGCAAAGGAGAAGCUUGAGUUGUGGGAGCAGCUCAAAAAUCUAAGUUUCACAAAGACUGUCUCUUCCUUGUGGGCAAUGACGAUGCUUUGUUUGUAUGUGAGGGUUCAGGUCAACAUUUUAGGUAGACAUCUUUAUGUAGAAACAGCUCGUGGUUUGGGAAGCUCACAAUUGCUGGACAAGGAAGACUCUUUAAAUAGCCAUGGCCAACAAGAAUUUCUUGGAACUGCAGAUUUUCUUUCCACGUAUGGUGUUACCUCAUUGAUUUCAAGCAUGCAAAAUGCUGUGGUGGAUGUUAUGAAAGAAAAGCAGCUGAAGGAUCUCUUCCGUGUGGCCCAACUGCGUGAAACAAUCACUAGGAUAUUGGAGUCAUUUAUGGGCUUUGAUGAUUCAAAUCACUGGCUGAGCUACUUGUUACCUGAAGAUGCCACUACAUACAGGCAGCUCAUGGCAGUGUCUUCCAAUGGAUCUGGCAAUUCUUCUUUUUUCAUGGACAUUAGCAAACUUGAAAAACUUAUGGGGGAGACUCGUGCAGUGCUAUCAAGUCCUGAUUUUCGGAACAUUGCCAUGUUAUCCUUGAGAAAAAUGGUAGACAUGCUGAUGGAGGACAUUGCCUCAAGUUUCAAUUCAACCAGUUCAUCUGAAGUUCCCUUGGCCAGACUCCUUCCUAGAGUUGCACAAAUUGGUUCUCCAAUGCUUGAAGAUCCAACCAACAACAAGUUCAUCCAUGCCAUUCAGAGUUCCCCAGAAGUUGAACUUUUUUACACACUACUCUAUUCCAACAUGCCACCCGGAUUCUGAAGCAUCUCACAUGAAAUGUUAAAGAAAAAACCAAAAAAGGAAAAAAAAGGGAACCACCUUAUUCAAGGCACUGUGACACUCAGAUUAGUGACAAUUUAAGGUCUUUAAUUGUAUUUUAAGUCUUGUUUCAAGUCACAUAUAGUUUGAUUAUUAUUAAGAUAGUUUGACAAAAAUUCUUUGUUUGCUUCUCUAGGAUGAUAGAUUUGGGUUUGUAAUCAUGUUUUGGCCACUCUGUAGCUUUAAAGAGAUGUUCUUUGUCAUUAAUUGUGUACCUUUAAUUA